AUGGCCGGCGAAGAAGGUGGAGCCGGAGCUGGAGGCGCUGCCGGAGCUUCGGGGGGUGCUGCUGGAGGUCAUGGAGGAGCACACGGAGGAGAGCCCGUAGUCACACAAGGACCUGGUCACGGUACUGCUCAUGCGGCGACUGGUGACCAGCUACCAGCGAUCAAAACCAACGGUGAACGUGUUGUCACAUCAGAGGCCGAGGACGAGUACCCGAUCUCUCCGCGCGUCCAUACACCCAAUCCCUUCAGCCGGAAGAACACAAGUAUGGAUCUUGAUGAUUACUUUGCUGGACCACGAGAUAUCGCAAAGCAUUCGAAGUGGCCUCUUUUCCUCCAGAUGCAUGGCAGCAUCCUACCGAAACUAAUCAUUCCUCUCCUCUUCGUGGCGGCUUGGUCAAGUUGGAUUACCGUUCUCCAUGAGCAGAAAAUUGCAAACCUCGCCAUUCAGAGCAUCCUGCUUACGGUCACGGGUUUUGUCGUCGGUUUGGGUCUAUCCUUCCGUAGCUCGACAGCAUACGAGAGAUAUGCCGAGGGCCGCAGGUUCUGGGGCCAGCUCACCUUGACCUGCCAGUCUCUCGGCCGUGUCUUCUGGAUUCACGUUAACGAACGACCCGAGGCACCGAAACAAGACAUGCUCUCUAAACUUACCGUUAUGAACCUUCUGGUCGCGUUUUGCGUUGCCUUGAAGCACAAGUUACGAUUCGAGCCAUACGCCUACUACGAUGACAUCGGCUCCAUGAUCGACCACCUCGAUACGUUUGCCAAAGACGCCACAGAUGACAACGUUUUCAAGCCUAGAGAUCCCAACUUCUUCAAGGCUGUUGGUGAUAAACUUGGAGUCUCGUUCGCCGCCUCGAACCCCCGCAAGGCCGUCAAGAAGGCCACAAGCCCGACCGGCAACUUGCCGCUGGAGAUUCUCUGCUAUCUCGGUGCAUAUGCCGACGAGGUUGUUGGAAACGGGCAGCUGCCGGUUCCAAUGACACAGACCAUGCUCUACAACGGCAUUCAGGCCCUGAACGAUGUUCUCACCAACACGGAGCGGGUGUUGAAUACCCCACUGCCGAUCGCAUACACUAUCGCCAUCUCCCAGAUCACUUGGAUUUACAUCUUGGUGAUGCCUUUCCAGCUGGUCGGGCCCCUUGGAUAUAUGGCAAUCCCCGCCAGCAUCGUCGCCUCGUACAUUAUCCUGGGCAUGGUCUUCAUCGGCCGUGAGAUCGAGAACCCCUUCGGCUCCGACGUGAACGAUCUGCCUCUCGAGCUCUACUGCAAGCAGGUCAUGGACGAUAUGGAGACCAUCGCCUCUCGCCCCAAGCCUCGGAUGUCGGACUACGUCCAGAGCUCGAGGAACAAGGUCCUCUUCCCGUACAGCGACUCGAGCUACUACGCCUGGGCUCAACGGCCCGAGAGCGCGCUUCGAUCCGCACUCAGGAACCGUCCCUACGCCAACUUUGAGCGGACUACGCAGACUUCCAACGGUCCACAGAAUGAGAAGGGCGAUCGUAACGUCUAG